GCCCCGCCCCCUUGUGACAUCACCAUGCACUGUGAUUGUCAGGGCACAGUGCACCGCCAAACACACCAAUGGCCCAUUCUUGUGGGCAGGGGCGGACUGACAACUCAUGGGGCCCCCGGGCAAUAGGGGAUCAUGGGGCCCCUGUGUCCUUGCCCAAACUCAAAAAAGCCUAAGAAAAAGCUACCAGGGGCAUCUCAUGGAGCCCCCUACUGACCCCGGGCCCUCGGGCAGUGCCCGAGUUUCCAAAUGAUCAGACCGCCCCUGCUUG